UGUUAUCUAGAACACAUAUUCAAGCUUAUAGAUCCGAAAGACACUGGCGAGCCUUGCCUGAGCGAAGAAACUAGUCUUCUUGCGAUUCAUCUCACGAUUGGUGACAUGUGACCGUAAUGCCGGAGCCAGCCGCGAAAUCUGUAUAGCUCAACUUUCUUUCCAACUUCUCAGCACUUCAGCAAGCAUCUACACCAGAAAUGGCAAGAAAGAAGUCUGGAAAGGCCCACGAAACCUUCGGGGCUCGUCUCGGCUUAGUGAUUCGGUCAGGAAAAUUCACCUUCGGGUACAAGACGGCCUUGAAACAGAUGCGCAGUGGGCAAGCGAAACUCGUCAUGAUUGCCUCCAACUGCCCACCACUCCGCAAGUCUGAGCUCGAGUACUAUGCCAUGUUGUCGAAGACAGUGGUCCACCAUUACAAUGGGACAAACUUGGCACUUGGGACCGCUGCCGGGAAGAUGUUCCGCAUUGGUGUUAUCACAGUGACUGAUCCUGGUGACAGUGAUAUCAUGCUAAUCGCUGAGGGUGCUCAACAAUGAGCAGUUGGAUUGUCUGACUCUCCAUUUGCGCCCUGCGCAUUUCGCACUUUUUACGACCAUGUUUAGUUUAUGUUGAAUCACAGUGCAGGCGUUUAAAAUAUGAGUUUUUCAUGACCGCCAUCAACGAGACGUCGGUG